AUGGAGAAAAAUCAGACAAUGGUCACAGAAUUCAUCCUUCUGGGAUUUGGUCUUGGACCUAGGAUUCAUAUAGUCCUUUUUGGAAUUUUCUCAUUCUUCUAUUCCUUCACAUUACUGAGCAAUGGCGUCAUCCUGGGGCUCAUCUAUCUGGACCCCAGACUGCACACCCCCAUGUACUUCUUCCUCUCCCACCUGGCCAUCGUGGACAUGGCCUACGCCUGCAACACGGUGCCCCAGAUGCUGGUGAACCUCCUGCAUCCCGCCAAGCCCAUCUCGUUUGCUGGAUGCAUGAUUCAGACCUUUCUCUUCCUGACCUUCGCUAUCAUAGAGUGUCUCCUGCUGGUGGCCAUGUCCUACGACCGCUACGUGGCCAUCUGCCACCCACUGCGAUACUCUGUCAUCAUGAGCUGGAGAGUCUGCGUUUCUCUGGUUGUCACUUCUUGGACAUGUGCCUUCCUCCUGGCCCUGGUCCAUUUGAGUCUCAUCGUGAGGCUGCCCUUCUGUGGGCCUCAUGAAAUCAACCACUUCUUCUGUGAAAUCCUCUCAGUGCUCAAGCUGGCCUGUGCUGACAUCAGGCUCAAUCUCUUGGUCAUCUUUGCAGCCUGUGUGUUCAUCCUGGUGGGUCCCCUGUGCCUGGUGCUGGUCUCCUACACGUGCAUCCUGCUGGCCAUCCUGCAGAUCGGGUCAGGGGAAGGCCGCAGGAAGACCUUCUCCACCUGCUCCUCCCACCUCUGCGUGGUGGGGCUCUUCUUUGGCAGCGCCAUAGUCAUGUACAUGGCCCCCAAGUCCAGGCACCCCGAGGAGCAGCAGAAGAUCCUUUUCCUCUUCUAUAGCUUUUUCAACCCCAUGCUGAACCCCCUGAUCUACAGCCUGAGGAACGCAGAGGUCAAGGGUGCCCUGAGGAGGGCGCUGUGCAAGGAAACUCCUUCCCAGUUGUGA